UAAAAAAGGAAGCAAUAAAGAAAGCAAAGGAAGAAACUGAAGGCGGAGCUGGCCGUUGCGUCUUUGGUUUGGUGCUCGACAGUCGAAGACAGAUCCAAAUCCGAAGUAAUUCUCUCGUCAAAGUCCCGUCUUUCAACGUUUUCCGAUCUCAGCCCCCACGAAACCUCGAAGUUCUAGAACAAAGGAAGGAAGGAAGAAGCAAAGAAAUUCGUUGAGAGAGAGAGAGAUGAAGGGGGAUGCUAACGUGCGCGGGGCGGUGAUAUUUCCAUCUUUGUUAAUCGUGGUAUUGCUGCUGUUGGCUUUUUUGAGUAAUGCGCCGGUGGGUGACGCUAUAUGGUUGAAUCUUCCCACUUCCGGCACCAAGUGCGUCUCCGAGGAAAUCCAGAGCAACGUCGUCGUUUUGGCUGACUAUGUUGUGGUUUCUGAGGAUCACGGUCACAUCCCUACCAUUUCCGUCAAGGUGACAUCUCCUUAUGGGAACAAUCUUCAUCACAAGGAGAAUGUGACGCAUGGUCAAUUUGCAUUCACAACUCAGGAGGCUGGUAAUUACCUGGCAUGUUUCUGGUCGGAUGGCCAUGCUCAUGGAGGUGGAGAUGUUAGUGUCAACAUUGACUGGAAAACCGGGAUUGCAGCUAAAGAUUGGGAAUCAGUUGCCAGAAAAGAAAAAAUUGAGGGUGUUGAGCUCGAGCUGAGGAAACUUGAAGGAGCAGUGGAGGCCAUUCAUGAGAACUUGCUCUAUCUGAAAAGCAGAGAAGCAGAAAUGAGGACUGUCAGCGAGACCACAAAUUCCAGAGUUGCGUGGUUUAGUAUUAUGUCUUUGGGUAUCUGCAUCGCUGCUUCGGGUCUGCAAGUAUGGUACUUGAAGAGAUUCUUCCAAAAGAAGAAGCUUAUCUAAACGGUGAUUAGUAGAUGAGGAAAUUCAAAAAAACUUGUUUUCUUUUCUCGUUAUUUUUCUUUUUCAUGUAUGUUGCAGAAGGAAAAUUUUGAUACCAUUAAAACUUUAAAAGAGUAUUAACAUUUACUAUGAUGAAGAGAAAUGUUUCCCUUUUCCAUCAUUAA